UCUGUUCUCUUUACAAUUGGCUUGCGACAGAUAACCAACUGAGCUGUACGCAUUGUAUUAAACAGGCAUCCCUGACUUGUCUAAACUCAGCUCUGCUAUUAUACUAAAUUUGGCACUUCUGGAUUUCAAUAGUUAUCAGUAUUGAURCAAAGCAUGGUGGAUGGCGAGUCGCAUUGUCCAAGACGCUUUAAAUGCCAGUGAGUAAUAUCCGCGUUGUUGGCUCUAAUAACUUUUGGAAGUAAAACAAGUCGAGGCGAAUUCACUUCUAAGUGCAGAGGUCAAUCCUUGCAAGCUAUAUUCGAUCAAGUUUUGCAUCGAUUCCAAUACAACGUUGAUUUAGUUUGUUUGUCAUUUGAAGCCGUUGCUUAAAUUGUUUACCUGAUCAGAUUCCUGCUGCGAAGAGUGUAGUAGUCUGUGUAUCUUCAUUCACGCUUGCUUGAGAGAGAAACCAGAGAUCAUUAUCAACCGGUACCAAGCCAAUCACCAGCCAUUUGGCUCAACAGGAACAACAUAAGGUGUGAAUUGAAAAUCUGUUUGUUGUGAAUACAUAAGAGUCGAUAGGAAUACUUGAGCAGCAGAGUGCUUUAGUCGAGAUCAUUGUAAAGUCRGGAAACCAAAGAGGACACAUAUUGCAUACAACUAUGGAUAUGGAUGUACCCGAGGUUCUAUUUCAAGAUAUGAUUGACUGUGAUGGUAGUUUUACCUUGGCUGAGUCACCCACUGUCUUUGACGAUGAUCAAUUCAACUACGACCUGAUGGGCCCAUCUUGCCCAGCCGAUGUUUACGCUGAAUACUUGUUCUCUAAAGGGCUUGUGGAUACGAUAAACGAGAGCCCUAUACUCAGCGGUGAACAAGAUGAGACAAUAGAGCUGAGAGAUUACCUUAUUUCCUCAGCCUUCAACUCAUACUACAGCACUAAUAUGGAAAAGCCGUCCAGUAAAGAUAACCUGGUAUUAUCUGCAUCAGGGCUCCUGGACCAUGAAGACUCCAGUGAUUCAUAUUCAGUGCGCAGUGAUUCAAGUACUGAUACAAACGAUUCUCUCUUUGGCUGUGGAAUUCACCUGGCAGUUGUGGGAAGUUCUAGUUCUCCGUCCAGCACUGAAGGUAGUAGCAAGCAAGCAGGUAGCAACCGGGGGGAAAAAGGUCGUCGGCGUCAGUCGACCCGCGAGUACAAGUGUCACUACACAGGUUGCAGCAAGGUGUAUACCAAGAGCUCUCACCUCAAGGCUCAUAUAAGGAGACACACUGGAGAGAAACCCUUCGUGUGUACAUGGAAAGGUUGUCACUGGCGAUUCUCGAGAUCUGAUGAACUUGCGCGACAUAAGCGCUCUCACAGUGGAAUCAAACCUUUUAUUUGUGAUAUCUGCGACAAGAGGUUCUCUCGAUCAGAUCACCUCGCUAAACAUAGGAAAACUCAUUAUCGAGUUCGUAAAAACUCUACUUUCGUAAUGUAAGAAUUCAUUUAUCUUCUAUUAUCACAAAGUAUUAUAUAAAUAUAUAUUUUUCAAAUAUUUGUUUAAGAUGUAGCAUAUGUAUUUUUAUGUCAAUAGCAAUCGACGAGUAUAUUUGUAACUAUCAGAGAAGACAUUCAUCAAUGGCCUGUAUGCAUGAAUAUUAUAUUUUGAAAYACUAGAGAUAUACUGUAUGAAUCACAAGUUAGUGAUUUCUCUAUAAAUAACUGCCAUGCAGUUUGUUUUACUAUAGCCAACCUCCAGAGGUCAUUGCUUGAUAUCUAAGCCUUACACACCGGAAGCCCAGGUUUUUGUAUGGAAUACUUCGGGCAAUCCAUUGAAGACUGACUUAGGACGCUAGAAAUAUUUAUAGCUUUCUAGAGAACGAUUUAAUUUACUAGUGAUUUUUCUUGAUAACCUGAUAGAGUAGUCAAUCAGCAAUAAAAAGAUGAAGCUCCAUUCA